AUGGCGAAUGAAUCCUCAAAUCUAUCUUCUCCACCAGCUGAAACGGAACUGACGACGGCUACUUCAGUUGUGAAGGCUGAGGCCUCAACGCAACUAAGAGGCAAGAAGCGACAAUCCGAGCCCGUUGCUCCCGAGGCCAAGCGCACGAAAAGAGCUUCGCGAGGAGCUAAGCCGAGCUACGCUGAAGAUAGUGAAGAAGAGCAAAGGGAAGAAGUCAUUCAAACUACGCCAAAGAAGAGCAAGAAAGCAGUCAAGACAGAAGCCGAGGAAAAGCAGAACGGUGAAAACGGGACUACUACCAAAAAGGCUCCACGCAAGCGCAAGACCAAGGAAGAGAAAGACGCGGAAAUGGCGCCAUUGGCAGCAAGGACAGUGGCCUCAAAGCUGUUCGUCGGUGCUCAUGUCAGCGCAGCGGGAGGCGUACAAAACGCGGUGACAAACUCAGUACACAUUGGUGGCAAUGCCUUUGCAUUAUUCUUGAAGUCACAACGCAAGUGGGCCAACCCGGCUAUCACUUCCGAGGCCAUCACCAUGUUUAAACACCAGUGCGACCACCAUAAGUACGAGAGCAACAAGCAUGUCGUCCCCCACGGCUCGUACCUUGUCAACCUCGCGCACACGGACGAAGCAAGAGCAAAGCAAGCCUACGACUCCUUCGCCGACGACCUCUCGCGCUGCAACAAGCUCGGCAUCCAGCUCUACAACUUCCACCCGGGCAACGCCGCCAGCUCGACGCGCGACGAAGCCCUGAAGCAGCUCGCCUCGCAGCUCAACCGCGCGCACAAAGACUCCUCCACCGGCACCGUCCUGACCCUGCUCGAGACGAUGGCUGUGUUCGACGGCAACACGAUCGGCGGCACCUUCGAGGAGCUGGCCGCCGUCAUCGCCCUCAUCGACGACAAGUCGCGCGUCGGCGUCUGCCUCGACACGUGCCACGUCUUCGCCGCCGGCUACGACCUGCGCACCCCCGACGCCUACAACGAGACCAUCGACAAGUUCGACAAAGUCAUCGGCCUGCCCUACCUCAAGGCCUUCCACAUCAACGACUCCAAGGCUCCGCUCGGAUCGGGCCGCGAUCUCCACGCCAACAUCGGCACCGGGUUCCUCGGCCUGCGCGCGUUCCACAACAUCAUGAAUGAUCCCCGUAUGCAGGGCCUGCCCAUGGUGCUCGAGACGCCGAUUGAUAGCCCUGACCCGAAGGACCCGAAGAAGACGGUUGACGAUAAGGGGAUUUGGGCGCGGGAGAUCAAGCUGCUGGAGAGCCUGGUGGGGAUGGAUGUCGAGAGCGAGGAGUUCAAGAAGCUGGAUAGUGAGCUUCAGGAGCGCGGGAAGAGCGAGAGGGAGAGGGUGCAGGACCAGGUGGAUCGGAGGGAGGAGAAGAAGAAGGCGAAGGAGGAUAAGGGGGCUGGGAAGAAGAGGAAGGGUCCGGCGACAGUGAAGGACAUGUUUGCGAAGGCGAAGACGAAGAAGGCGAAGAAGGAUGAGAGCUCGGGAGAGGGCAGCGGUGAGGAGUCAUCAUAG